GCUUGCUUGCCCAGGGCUCGCCAUUUGCCAUUCUCCUGGACUGGACUUCUCUCGCAUGCUGGUCCGACUAGCGGGACUCGUAUGGCUCGCGGCGGCGUCAUGCCGCGCAGCAGACACGGCUGCCAAGCUCACACUGAACUACGCCAAGGCUAGCGACGGGACGUGUCGCCUGUUGAACCUGGACGGCGACAAGAGCCGAAUGUAUGUGUCCGUGCCGGGCAAGCGCUUCUCCACAUGUGCCCGGUGCGUGCAAAUCCUUUGUCAAGACACAGCAUGCAAAUCUGGUAGCUCCGUCGUUGCGUACGUCGUCGACGCAAAAGAGGGCAGCCAAGCUUCCGACCCUUUGCAGUUGUCUCCGGAUGCAGCGAAAGCGCUGACGCCAAACCCGAUUAACACACCGAUCGGGGUCACGUGGAAGUUCACGGUGUGCCCGGACGCGUUCGUCGUAGGCAACAUCAAAGCGUGCAUGAUGGACGGCGCCAGUGCCGACUACAUUCCAAUUCAGUUUUCGAAUUCGUUCCAGCCCAUCGAGUCGGCCACGUACAACUCGGUGGCCGCCAAGCAAAGCCAAAACGGGUUUAUCUUUGAGUCGGGUCGCAUUUCCGACGACCCGUCGUUCUUUUCGAGCAUCCCGGUCAAGCUGACGGCGGCGUCCGGUGCCGUCGUUCAAGGAUCGCUCGCGUUCAAGAACCCGUCUGUGGAAAAGGACCUGAACUGUGCCGACUUAGGUGUACAAUUUGAAAAACCCUCGAGCUCGAGUGGCGAAGUGGUCGAUCCUUUGAAUCCCAACAACACGGGCUCGAACAGCGGCGGCAGCUCUGUCCUCCUUCCGGCCGUUCUCGGCAGCGUUGGGGGGCUCGUUCUCCUGGGCGCGAUUAUCUUUUUUAUCCGACGCCGCCGCGCCGCCAUGGACCUCCGCGACGACGACGACGACGUUGAACAUGGCGGCCAUGGUUCUCGAUCGUCGACAAAGGACCCGCGCCCUACCAAACCCUCGGGCCCCCAGCAAGUAGUCACUGCCACUACUGCCGCGACCACCACGAACAACUCGAUUCCUCCCGUGCUGGGAGGCAAUACCCCCACGUUGGCCGACAACACGCCUUCCACCACGUACUCCCGUCUAGACUCGGGUGGCGGCGCGACCCCCCCCGCCGCCAUCCAGCAACAACCUUUCGUGCCGCACGUCCACCACGUCCCCGAGCGCAUGCCGGCUGCCCAACCCAAAGUUGUCGUCAAGUCGCUGCAGAACAUCCAGCAAAGCCACAGCCAAGGCGUGUCGUACUCGGACAUGUUCAACGAUGCAAACCGCGGCAUGUACGCGCGUAACUCGAGUGUUCCGACGUUUGCCGUCCCCACGUCCAACCUCGGCAACACUCGCGACGACCGCAAGAGUUUUGACAUUGACGAGGAGCGCGAUGUGGAUUCGCCCUCCCGUACCACGGAGCACGACGCCCAGCUCGACUUGAUGCUGCAGAGCGGCGCCCUGUCGCUGCACGAGGAUCCGUUCCCAAACCCAACUGGCCAUGCCACGUCCCCCGAAAGCUACGUUCGCGCGACGACCAUGCCCCGCUCCAACAGCCAGAAGACGAUGGUCCCGACCUUUGCUGCGCCCAGGAUGUCCCAGGCGUCGUCGCGAGAAUCGACGUCCCAGUCGAACCUCCUCGCUUACCCCCACAAGAAACAGCGCGAGAUUAGCCAGCACCAGUUUUAGAAACGCAUUAAAUUUAUCCCCCGACUCGAACCAGGUUGUAUGAAAUGUCAAAGUUCAUAUCUGUAUAGA